AUGCAGCUCAGCAACAGCAGCGAUUUAAACUCCACUGCUUGGAGCCAGACUAACCUGGUUACCUCAGUGCUGAUGGGCUUCUUCUGUGCUGUUGGAGUUCCUGGAAACAUCGCCGUGAUCGUGAUCAUAGUUCUGUGGUUCAAGAAGGACAACUUCACCGUCCAUCUGAUGCUGAACCUGGCCGCCUCGGACAUCCUGUGUUUGAUGACCCUGCCUGUGUGGAUGUACAACCGUCUUUUUGACUGGAGCAUCGGGAGAUGGCCCUGCAAGUUCUUCAUCUCCCUCGUCUACUGCAGCGCAUCUGCUAGCUUGAUGAUAGUAACCAUGAUCAGCGUUCAUCGUUACGUACACGUUUGCUUCCCCGAGAAAUGGUCCAAACUUGGUAAAAAGGGAGAGAAAUUCCUGCUGUGUACCAUCUGGGUCUUUGGAUUUGCUUUCUCCAUUCCAGCCAUCUUCACAAGAGAGGUCGUCUUGAACGGGUCCAGGAGAGAGUGCGGACGAAUCACUUCUUCAGACGAACUCAGGCUCGUAGUUGCUGUGUUAGAAACUCUGCUGGCGUUUGUUCUUCCAUUAUCCAUCAUGGUCACCUCCUAUUACUGCCUGCACAAGAGAGUGACUCAAGGAGCUUUAUUUCACAGCCAAAGACUGACCAGAAUGGUGACCAGCAUAGUGGUGAUGACCUUCAUCUUCUCAUCACCGUGCCACCUGAUCAACUUGGUGGAGAUCUUUGGGAUUGCAAUGAAACAUUCAUACCCAGGUUUGUUGGAUGAACUUCUGACGUUUAAAAAUUCGGUUGGCGACGUUGCUGUGAGUUUUACUUUCAUCAACAGCUGCAUGAAUCCACUGCUCUACGCUUUCGCUUCACGGAGUCUUCGCCAAAGCUGUGAAACAAGAUAG